CACAUCUGCACACAUCCCCUCUCGCCCCAGCGCGUUCUCACGAAACUUCCAUCCAUCCCCUUGGACCUCUUCCUAUCCCCAGCGCCAUCCUCCCCAAACCUUCCAGCAAUUGUCAUCUACAUCUCUCUGAAUAUCUAGUGACGCGACGCAGCAACAAUGUCGAGCGCGUACCAGUCAACAUUUUCAGCUCAUACACGCCGUCAGCUACGCUUCGUAUUCCCGGGCGCAGCCCUCACCUACUGGCUUGACGCCCAUCAUGCCUUCUUGGCCAUUCUCUCUCAUGGCGAGGGACUUUGGGAAAGAACGUCAGCAGGUAGUGCGCUUGCACUCGGCGCGCUUGUUGUCGGCCUCUUUCUUUAUGUACUACUUAUGCCUUGGAUACGCGGCAUUGAGCCCAACUACCGCUCUUGGCGUGAAUCUGGCACUCUGUCGUCCGUGAUCCCUGUCCUUACCGGCGCCAUCCUUUCCGGCUGGUCUCUGCUCGCGCUUACGCUCGGCCGAUGGUCGAAUCUAGGGUACGUCAAAGGUAUUGUUGGAGCAUCCGGGAUGUAUGCACUCGCUUUUGGUUUAAUGGGCCUUCUGCCGGCACCGAGAGUGCGCCGGAAUUAAUGGUGUGCUCUUGUGAGCUACUACUAUUCAUGCAAGCUGCUGCGUAAUUUGAGCCACGAUCUUGUGUUCUUGUAUCUUGCUACGGAUAACAAGAAGGUCCCUGACUAUUUGUAAUAUAUCGGUAUAAUGGUGCGCAGGACACUGCCUAGGAUUACCCAACUGGUUGUACUGGACCGUUUUUAUUUGUAACCAAAAAUCAAUCAUUUGUU